AUGUUUGUCAAUAAUCACAGACAGUAUUUGCAAAACACUUAGCAUAAGCUAAGUACCGGAUAAAAUACAUACAGGGACUUGUCAUAAGAUAAAUAACCUGAAUAAAUCAAUCCCUUUGCAGUGGAGCCCUCUAGAGAAAACUUUGAGAAUGAAUUUGCCGAGGGAGUUGAGCAAGCUAAUCCCAGCAGCAAGGAGGAAGUCUAUAUAAAAGUGUCUGCAAGAGUGAGGCCAUUGCUGAAUGCAGAGCAAGAUCAUGACUCUGUGAUUAAUGUUAUCAAGGAUAAAAAGUGUCUAAAAGUAUUCACUAACCAUUACUUCAAUAAUGGAGAGAGAAACUUCUACUUUGAAAAUGUCAUCGACAGUGACUCUAAUUAAGGAGAAGUUUUCGAUGAUAUGGAAAUUAAAGAUAUGUGUGAGGCAUUUAUAAAGUAAGGUAAAAAUUGCAAUAUCCUAGUCUAUGGGCCAACCAGCACAGGAAAAACAUUUACAAUGCAAGGUGAUCUGCAAAAUCAUAUUAAAUCUAGUAUUAUCAAAAGUAUGUUUGACACUGUCACUAACAAUAUUUGCUAAAAUGAAGACUUAAUUGGCAAAGAUCAGAGUGGAGUCUCUACUUCAAAGCACAAGAAAACACUGUCUAAUAUUAAUGGAUAUAUAAACAAGAAUCCUAAUCUAAAGAAAUCUUUUAUUCUUGAUGAAUCAAAUUUGUAGUAAAAAAUUCUGCAAAAUUAAAUCCCUCCUGGAAGAAACAGGCACAGACAAUCACCAUUGCUCUAGAAAACUGUCUCAUACUAAUUUACAUCCAAAGAGUCUUAGUAGUUAAAUACUGUUUUGUCUCAUGUGAAUAGAGGUCUAAUACCUAGGACUUUGGACUGCAUUUACUCUAUCCCUAUCUAAAAAGAUAAAUUUGAAUUCAAGGUAUCUUUUAUGGAAAUUUAUAAUGAUAUUGUUACUGACUUGCUAGAUAGUGACAGCUCUUAACUUGGCUAAGCUUAAGAUUUCAAUUAUAAAGGUGGUAAAAUGACCUCUAGAUAGCAGUCAACUUAGUAAUAAAGACCAAAUAAGCAAUACUAGAUAAAAGAAAAUAUAUAUAAAGGAGUCUAUGUAGAAAAUCUAACGGAGCAUAGAGCAAACACUCUGGAAGAAGCUUAUAUAUUUUUGCUCUAUGGCUUAUAAAGGAAGAAGAUAUUUGCUACAGUCAAGAAUUAGGAAUCUUCAAGAAGUCAUACCAUAUUCUAAAUUAAAUUGAGCACCAAGCCCUAACCAUAAAAUUUCAAGUAGACUAAUAGAUCAAUGACCUAGCAGAAUUAACCACAAUCAACAAUUGUCUCUAAAUUUACUCUAAUCGAUCUUGCUGGAAGUGAGAGAUUAAAUGAGGGUGAAAAAACUAUGGAAAGAGUCGAAGAGGCUAAGUUUAUAAAUAAAAGCCUCUCUGCUCUAGGAAAUGUGAUAUAUGCCUUAAAGAAUCAGUAAAAUGUAUAUGAUAAACACCAGCAUAAAAGAGCAUCAACAAUAGCAGCUUAGAGCAGCAAUAUAAAAAAUAAAUUCAGUCAGACAGCCCCUUAAAACCUUGGUCACAUUCCUUAUAGAGAUUCGAAACUAACUCAUAUUCUAAAAGACAGCUUGGGCGGAAACUCUCAUACUCAUAUUAUCAUUACUCUCAGUCCAUCAGCCAUGAGUUUGAACGAGACACUCUCAUCCAUGAAGUUCGCUCACAAUGCAAAGUCAAUUAAAUAGCAUGUUAAAGAGAAUAUAUUUUUCAGAGAAAUUGAUGAAAAAUAAGUGAAUUCAUUUGAAUGCUAAUGUCAAAAAGAUCAUCAAUGCAAAGAAUUAAAUGAUUCUUUUGAUAGCGAGGAACUUAUCGAGCUAUCAAGGUAUUAUGAGAACCAAGAGAAUCAAAACUUCAUUAAGAAUGAGCUUGAAAAUUAGAGGAAAAAGGUUAGCAAACUUCCGAAAUCAUCAAAAAUGCUGAGACAGCUAUUCAGAAAAACUUUAGACAAACUUAAAAAGUACAAAAAUGAUUAGUAAACAAUGUAAGUCAAGAUUAUGGAUCUACAACAUGCUCUUGAGCUAAAAGAAAUACUAGCAAUGAAAUCCUACGAAGAGCUUAUAAGUAAAUAUCAGGACCAAAUAGUAGAUGGAAAUAGUUCUCCAGUUGCUGGAAGUAAAGAGAAAUCUGAAAGAUUAAGCAUGAAUCUCGUGAAAUCUGGUUGGGGCAUGAAAAAUGAAUUUGCGAGGUAUAACAGCAGGUCAUUAAAAAGUUUGAUGCAAUAAGAUUAGUCAAGACCUACUAUCCAAGAAACAACUGAGCUUCUUAGCUUAAGCUAAAACAAUGGAGCAGGUGGAUCUAGUGUUGCUAUUGAUGAUAUUUCCAGAUUUACAUCUUCAAUGAAGGAUGAAACAUAGAACUUUAUUCAGUAAAAUCAGUUAAACAUGAUGCAAAUUCUGAAAAAGAGGGAGGAAUUUCUACAUAGUGAAAGUCACCUUAAUAGCAAUAGUGUUGGAAUUAAAUACCAAAUUGAGUUUAAUAAGUUUAACCUUGAUUAAGAUUGCCUAAACAAUAUUUAAGGUAGAACAAGAAAGAAUGAAUUAGAUUCAGUAAAAGCCUCGAUUGAUCAUACUGACUUACAAAAGUAAUGCAAUGAAGAACUAGCCACUAUAAGCUAGAACAACAAGUCUAAAAUAGAGGAACCCUUAAUUUAUAAAACAAUGCAUCAUUGUAUUGAGAGUUCAUCCUAAUACUAUUGCAAUGUUUAUAGCCAGCAUUCAGGCUAUUUUACACCCAAAUAGCAAAGUUUCAUUAUAAACCCCUAAGUUAAAAAUACAAAUUAAUUUGAAUUAAUUCUUGGAAGUGGGGGUAGACAUUUUAAAUAACAACAACAGCCAUACCAAUUUCUUGGUGAAAGUUCUAAAAAGCAAAUUCAGAGUGCGAGGGCAAGCUAAAACUAUAGUAAAAGAAUUGCAGUCACUCAGCAUUAAUAAAAUAAUACACUUAUAAAUUCACCCUUUAGCAAUUAAAGAUUAUCUAACUGUUUUGAUAACCAUAAUUGUGAUGAAUUUACUUAUAAUGAUUGUUCUCACUAAAGAUAGUUUACAGAGUCAAACGCUUAGUAGAUAUCUUUCAAGUAAUUUUGGAGAAAUCUAAAUAAACUAAACAAAGAGGACAAGCUUUUUGCAGAUAGAACAAAUAAAAAUAAUAUUAUAUUGACACCUUCUGUGAUUCAAAGUGAGAGAUCAUCUUAGAACAAACAUUUCAAUUUCUUAGAUUCAGCAUCUAACCUACUCUCAGCUAGAGAGAAAAAAUAGCAGAUCGAUAAAUGCUACUCCUCGAAUCAAAGUAUCAAGAGAGGUGAUGAGGAAAAGGCUAGGAAGAUGUUUUAUCCAGUUCUUACAAAGAAUGGCAAUCUUGGCUACGUUUCAAAUACAGAUUCUGCUGCUAUUUAUGAUAUGAUUGAUGAGGUCUCAUUUGAAACUAAUCAUGAUGGAAGUGGAAGUGCUCUUGGCCCUCAUAUGAUUCAAGAUUCAGGCCAGAAUUCAAUGUAGUAUAGCUUGGGAGCUAUUUCAUUCGGGGUUAGGCCCUAGAAAAAAGAUAAAAGAUUAGACAAAUCUAAAGAAAACAAUAGUCAUUUCUCAAAAACUUACGACGCUUAACCAAAUACAACCAGAGCAAUAGUUAAAAGAAUGACUUCAAAAGUAGGUUAAGACUCAACUAUUGAUAGAACUAGUAAAACAAGGUCUAGCAUUCCAUUUGAAAAGUCGAGUGAGUACAAUCAUGUAGCCUCAACUAAGGCAAGUUUCAACAGCAAGGUAGGAACUGAUGUCCGCACUCAAAUAUUGAGCUAAGCUUUAGCUCUAGUUUAAAAGAGAAAUAAAAGCUAAAAUCUUAAUGCUGGUAGUGGUAAAAUAAAGAGCAAGACUCACAAUUACUAGGGAAGCAUUAUUGAACAGCCUCAGCAACCCCAAUAGACUUAUCAUUAGCAGUCAGUGAAUAGGCAGGGAUUGACUUAAAAUUCAAGGAAUAUUAGUAAACAGACUUAAAAAGUAGUGGCCGGGAUGAGCAAUGGGUUUGGAUGCUUUUUCAGCUACAAAAAAAAUAACCUGAAGUGA